AACAAACCCCCGGGUUCAGAACGUUUGACCUUCAACGUUCAACGUUCAACCAAGCCUCCCUCAUCGAUCAUCGAUUAUCUGCAGGACACCUCAGUGUCAACGUUGUGCUUGCUGCAAUGGCUUCUCAGCCAACCGUGCAUCAACUAUUCAGACGCCUGGAAACUGUAGGCAGGGGUGCCUACGGUUCCGUCCAUAAAGGCGUUCAUAUACCCACAGGAAAUAUUGUGGCCCUAAAAAUCAUCAACUUGGAUACUGCUGACGACGAUGUAGAAGCCAUUCAACGCGAGGUAGCUCUAUUGACCCAGCUUCGCGAUGCCCCCAACGUCACAAAGUAUUACGGUUGUUAUCUUGACGGCCCACGCGUUUGGAUCGCCAUGGAAUUCGCCCAGGGUGGAAGUGUUCGCACUCUCAUGCAGACUUCUAAAGACCGUGUUCUUGAGGAGCGGUUCAUUGUACUCAUCACCCGUGAGGUCGUCAUUGGGCUCAAUUACCUGCAUAAAUCUGCCAUCAUUCAUAGAGAUAUCAAAGCCGCUAACAUCCUCAUCACUGCCACUGGUAAAGUUAUGAUUUGCGACUUCGGUGUCUCCGCCCUCUCUGCCACGACCACGAGCAAGCGAAACACUCUGAUGGGCACCCCAAAUUGGAUGGCUCCCGAGGUGGCACAACCCGUUCCAGCGUACGAUAGCAAGGCCGAUAUUUGGAGUUUGGGCAUCAUGAUUUACGAGAUGGUGAAGGGUGCACCUCCUCACUCAGAUUUGAGGGACGCGAUCAAGGUUAUGCAAUUAAUAACCAAAGUACAACCCCCACAAUUAGCCGAAGCGGAUGGUAGCAAAGAAAUGCGAGAGUUCGUAUCGCACUGUCUUAAAGCCUCUCCAAGUGAGCGGUUUUCCGCUGAUGAAUUAAUAAGAACGAAGUGGAUGAAAUCGGUGUCAAAGGCUAACGUAUCUGCUCUACGGGAGCUGAUUCUCCGAUACGAUGCUUGGAUGCAAAACGGGGGUACUCGCAAUAGCUUAGUGGAACCACUCGACUGGGAGAACGAGGAGAAAAAAGACUUGCAAGGAGUGGUAGAUGAAGAGACAGACCUCUGGGAAUUUGACACAAUAAGACGUCGAACGUUUCAAGCUGCAUUAAAGGAAGAUAUACUGCCUGAUACCUUCCCGAAUGACUCAUCACUAGCAGUUCCUACUGUUAAACCUUCAGCACGAUUACCUACAUCAUUGCGUGGCCUUUUUGAUGAUGACUCCGCGCAUCUUGGAUUCGAAACUCUACGAGCUCCGAUGCCACCCCCUCCACCACUGCGUGAUACUCCGAGCCCGACACCUCUAGCGCCUUCCUCUUCAUCACCAUCACGCACUCCGUUUAAACGUACAUUAGCCACCCCAGACAGCACAGAUGAUGUUCAGAUGGUUAAAUACAACGAUUUCGCCUUUCCUCCCAGGACAGUUUCUCGAGCGAAAUCGAAACUCUCCACCAAUGUCCCAGCUUCAAUGGAUAUCGAAAUGAAAGAGGAAAAUAUGCCUUCAGAGGAGAGGGCCGAAGUUUCGGUUGCCGUCAUAGAGACUACUCCGAUUUCUCCUCUUUUGCCACCUGUUAGGCCUUUUGCGACCCGGGAGAGGAGUGGCAGCUCAUCAAGCAAAGGCAGUGACGCCAGCAGCCCUGCAGCAAGCUUAAUCCUGCCAGGACUCAAAGACGCAGUGAAGGUGCCUACCAUUACGUCGGAACACCAGCUGGGUCUAACAGAUUUACUCCCGCCUUCACCUUUGGCCCUUGUACACAAUAAAAGCUCUUAUGUCCAUUCUCCUAGCGGACUUGGGUCACCCAUGACGACAAGCGAAAGGGCCUCCGUUCUUGGUUCCCUUCCUGCAGCGAAUACUUCCAGUGCUUCACUUACGCUUGCACGGAGCCAUUCUCCCUCUGGGCCUUCGAACCUAUCUCACUCUGCUUCAUUAUCUCACUCAGGUCCAUCAGCACAAAUGUCAACUGUCGGACCUCAAGUUUUGCCGCUGGAUCUCUGUAGUCUAAUGAGCCAUGACGCCACAAAUGCGCAGCUGGUACGGUCCGUCAAUGAUUUGACAAAAUGGCUGGCUGUAAUCGAAGUUGGUUUUACAACAAUGCUCGACCAAGCCGCAGGAGAUUCUAUAGCGGAAGAGCAGGAAGAAAGCGCUAUUGAAGGGGAUUCUUUGACGGAAGACACGGACGCGUGGAAAUGGGAUUCUGUGACUGAUAUCGUGCUGGAGUCCAGCUAGUUGAACUUUGAUCAUCCUGAUGUCUUAAUCGCAUUCUACUCUCCCGAGAUCCUAGCCGGUAAAAAGUAGGUAUAUAGACUAUAAAUUCCUUUUUCGCCG